AAGCUAAACGACCUCCUUAGGGUUUUGCUUUCAUCUUUCCGAUCUCCCGUCGUCGGACUUGUAAUUUCGCCGAUAUGAUGCAUCAGCCAGCACCCGGAGGAGUGGUCCCUCCGCCGCAGAUGACAGGUGACCCGCAGCAGUUGCAGCAGUACCAACAACCGACGCCGCAGCAGUGGAUGAUGAUGCAGCAGCAACAGCAGGCGCCUCCUCAGCCCGUUCCGCCUCCCGCAGGAUGGACUCCGCAGCCGGUUCCUCCACCGAGUCAGAUGCAGCAGUACCAGGCAGUCCAGGGCGCGGUAGGCGCCGGUGAGAUCCGGUCCUUGUGGAUCGGGGACUUGCAGCAGUGGAUGGACGAGAAUUAUCUUACCGGCAUCUUUGCUCAUACUGGAGAGGUGCUUUCAGCGAAGGUUAUUCGCAAUAAGCAAACUGGCCUUCCUGAGGGUUAUGGCUUCAUCGAGUUUAUUAGUCGUGGGGCAGCUGAGAGAAUUCUGCAAACAUAUAAUGGAACAUCGAUGCCAAGUACUGAUCAGGCUUUUAGAUUGAAUUGGGCUGCGCUUGGCCCUGGUGAGAAGCGUCAGGAUGAGGGCCCUGAUUAUACCAUCUUUGUUGGAGAUUUGGCAGCUGAUGUUACUGACUACAUGCUACAAGAAACAUUUAAAGCAGUUUACCCGUCCAUCAAGGGUGCUAAAGUUGUAACAGAUAGGACCACAGGGCGUUCUAAGGGCUAUGGCUUUGUAAGGUUUGGUGAUGAAAAUGAGCAAAUUCGUGCCAUGACUGAAAUGAACGGAAUGCUCUGUUCUACUAGGCCCAUGCGGAUUGGACCGGCUGCAAACAAGAAACCUCUAACCAUGCAGCAGUAUCCAAAAGCUACCUACCAGAAUACACAAGGAAAUCCUGGAGAGAAUGAUCCAAAUAACACAACAGUGUUUGUUGGGGGUCUGGAUCCCAGUGUUACAGAGGAUCAAUUGAAGCAAGUUUUUAGCCAAGUUGGUGAGCUGGUUCAUGUGAAAAUACCAGUUGGCAAGCAUUGUGGUUUUGUUCAAUUUGCCAACAGAACUACAGCAGAGCAAGCAUUAUCCAUGUUGAAUGGGUCUGUUUUGGGGGGAAGAAAUAUUCGGCUUUCAUGGGGCCGUAGUCCCUCAAGCAAACAGGGUCAAUUAGAUCAAACUCAGUGGAAUGGUGGAUAUUAUGGAUAUCAAGGGUAUGAAGCAUAUGGUUAUGCACCUUCUGCCCAAGAUCCUAACAUGUACUAUGGGGGCUAUCCAGGUUAUGGUAAUUACCAGCAGCCUGGGUCUUAUCAACAACCCCAGCAGGUAAAUUGAACGUGGGUAUUUAGACUUUUAGUAAAUAUUUUUUUUAUUGGCCAAAUGCUAGAAAUAUGCUUUGGUCAUAGAAAAGCAGAAAGAAAACUAGGAUGGUGAGUCUGUUGCCAAAAGAAAAAAAAAAAAGGCAGAGAGAGAAUCUGUUGACCUUCUUCCAGUUAAAACCAUUGGUUUUUUGGCCUACUAAAACCAUUGUUAAUGAUGUUGUGAUUUUGUUUUGCACAGUGAUCUCGCUGUUGCUCUAUGAAGUCUUGAAGUUUGCUGUUUGGUUCCAGUAAGUGGAUUCUAGGUUGUCGAGUUUUUCACUACUGAUGUACAAUGGGAACUUGCUUGGGUUGGAGGAACAAUUUUUUUUUUUUUUCUGUUUCUAAUUAUUGUCCAUGCUUUUCUGUUGUUUGUGGUCAUGAGCUCUUAGUAAUGGGGGCAUUGUAGUUGUUGGGUGAUAUAUUUGCGAGUUUACUCUCUUAUUACAAACUUUAGUAGCAAACUCAAAUUGAUGUUUAUUUUAUUGAUGGUUAUGUUUUGUGAUUUUGAAUCUUUCUUAUUGCAAGUUGCCUCCGGAAAAAUGACAGUUU